CGAAAAUUCUACUACGUUUCUGCGUCAUCCAGUCCAAUUGUUUUCUGUUUUGGUUGCUCUGCGGAAGAGGAAGAGGAACUGUCCCUGCAGACUCUCAGGCGCUCGUCGAGCGAAAAGAGACGAGAAACGUUUUAUUGAAGGUUGAAAAAUUGCUCAAUCGUUUCAUGGCUGCUAUUCAUCCACCAAUAAUGGAAUACCAGAAAAAUUUGGUGUCGUCAGACAUCCUAGAUGAUUUAGCAAGCCGCUUCAUUAUCAAUGUGCCUGAAGAGGAGAGAUCCAACGAAAUCAGAAUCUGUUUUCAAAUUGAGCUCGCCCAUUGGUACUACCUUGACUUCUACUGCAAAAACAAUAGCAGUCUGCGGAAAUGUUCUAUCAAGGAAUUCCACGCUUGCAUGUUAAAGCACAUUCCACACCUGAACAGGUACAGCAGCAGUGCCGAGAAAAUGUAUGAGGCAUGGAGAGCGUACAAAAUGUCUGUCCCCACGUUUGGAGCAAUCAUCCUCAACGAAAAUAUGACACACGUUCUUCUGGUUCAAGGAUACUAUUCCAAGUGCUCCUGGGGCUUUCCGAAGGGCAAAGUGAAUGAAGGCGAAGAGUGGUCUCGUUGCGCCAUCAGAGAGGUGUUGGAAGAGACCAGCUUUGACAUCAGUCCCUAUCUUAGAGAGAACGACUUCCUUGAGCACGUCCACAACGACCAGCUGAUCAGACUGUACAUCAUCUCAGGAGUGCCUAGCGACACUUCAUUUAAGCCAUCAACCCGCUGUGAAAUCAAGUCCAUCCAGUGGUUCCCUGUGGACCAGUUGCCUUGCACAAAGAAGGACACGACGUCCAAGGACGCGCUUGGUCUUGGUACCAACAGCUUCUUCAUGAUUAUCCCAUUCAUCCGACGCAUUAGGAAUUGGAUUGAAAAUAAAAAGAAUCACCGGAAGCAAACCCCAGUGGCUGUUGAGAAGAAGCAAAAAACCGCCGCUGUUGGGGAUCAGGACAAGAGGGUCAAGAAGAAUCAGCAGGUUGAAAACCAGCAGCAGACAAAAGCUUCAAGAAAGGUGGCAGGAAAGCGGGUAUCACCGAUGCCGGUGGCGAGUAACGGCCACUUGCAGAAAUGCGGCCUGAGAUUCGAUCAGGACGGGGUGGCCAUCAUCACUGCGCCGUCGUGGACCAACUUCCACUUCGAUCACACCGCCCUGCUGAAGCAGUUGGCGAGCUAGACGACCAAAACUAGUUUCGUGCAGCACGGUCUGAGCCAUUGGUCAGUGAUAUAUCAAGUUGUUACAAGAUUUUUAUAUUUUUCAUUGUAUGUAUGUCUUAAGUACGUGCUACUUAUCUCUGUGCCAUGGCACAAUCUCAUCAGACUCAAGUUGCGCUGAAGCAUGCAUAGUAAGUUUUAAGGAAUCCAAAAGCAAUCAAACAUCUGAAUACCACCACUUAAAUGCACACUAAGUCCUGUUCUGAACUGAAGUUGUCGGUUCUUAAGAUUAUUUGACAAGGUUCGAUUUCAAAAGAAAUGAAAUCAUUUGAUUUUGGCACGGCUCACGCAACCCAAGUGGAUUCUUGCCUGAGUUUGACGAAAAGACAAUUAUUGCAUCGUUCCUAAUGAUUGGCAAUGUGUCGAUGAUUGGCAAAUUGGUCAGUUCGUCUACAAAAUAUUUUAUUUUCUAAUGAGAAGUACUUGCAUAGCCAAAGCAAGUGACUCCUAGCAAAGGGCGCUUGAUUACGAAGGAAAUUAGCCGGCAAUGAAACAGAAAAAUCAAAGUCGCGUCUAAAAGUUCAUCUCAAUCAAGCAGCCUUUAGUUCCUAACUGGAGAAGUUUGUGUUUUUCGUCGACCAGGAAUGAAUUCGCAGCGAAUCGGGGUUGCCAGACGUCCGUGACGCGGCCGUAAAUAUUUUUUCUUUUCGUUCAGAACGGUUUCUUGUUUGGAGAGAGAGCCAGUUGUCGACGCAACCUCGAUAAUAAUAAUUCAACGUCAGCCAUUCAGUUACAACGCCCGCCGCAAAGAGUAAAUUUAAAAAAAUGUAUUAUUUUACACUGAGGACUCAGACGCCUCAUUUUGAAUGACGGCUGGUUACAUUUAAAUUUGUUUUGUGCUUUUAAUGGUUAAUUUCUAAUAACUUCCGCAGACGGCGCAAGAUCGGUUUUUUCCCUCUUGCAGCCGCUAUGAAAACGUAUACACAUCGAUUCCAUGUUCACCUGGGAACAAUCAGAAAGCACAAGGGCUCUCUGCAUUUGUGAUUUUGUUGGCAGUUUGGUCAGUUCCCUCGUUCGGCACCGGUUCCCCGCCCGCCACCCCCACACACAUUCCAAUAUGUGUUGUCUAAAAUUAUGCAGACGUUAUUAUUUGUCGAAUUUGAAAGCUAACGAACGCGGGGGCUACGAGCUGCUGAAAGGGGCAAAGGGAAUUCCGUCUCAGACUGAGGAAUUCUCACGGCCUUUUUUCACUUCAAUGGGGAAGUGGCGAAGUAAUAAAACAAGAUGAUGAAGUAUGUUUUGCGAUUAGAAACUUUGUGAAAGUGAUCGGAAAAAUGGAUCUAAAAUCAUGUUUACCGACGUGCAAAAUAAAUUGGUAUAAUCGGAUCCCAAAAUUAUCUUUCAAAUAAAAAUUGGCAAUCUCAAGAUUAAA